AACUUAAUAAUUUUAACAAGUUGUUAUAAAUUAAUAUAAAAUAGUACCUUAAACCAAUCCCAUUUGAUUUAUAUUAGAUUUUUAUGAGAUUGAAAAUUCGUUUCCUUUUCAUUUAUUAAUUGUUGAGUUCUUUAUAACCACUGUAGUUGUUUUAAUAGAUCAAUGUUACUUUUGAUUGGGUCUUUUAUUAUUGGUAUUUGCUUUUGUUUACUUUGAGGUUUCCCGCCAAUUAUUUUUGACAUACACUAGCUAGAAUUUUUAAUUAUUUUGUCUAUUUUGUCAUCUAUCCACGCAUAAAUGUCGGAUUCACCAAGUGAACCGCGAGCUAAACGUCUAAAAACGGAUAAAGCGGGACGUUUUGCUGCGUUAGAAAAACUUAAGCAAUUGAAAGGCAGCAAAAAUAAAUACGAAGUUGACAAGGAUGUAGACAACGUAUAUGAGCUUGUGGAUGAACGGGAAUAUGCUGAAAGAGCCAAAGAAUUGUACGGUGAUGUUUGGAUAGAGGAUGAUGGUACAGGCUAUGUUGAAGAUGGCCGCGAUUUCUUCGAAGAUGAAGACAAUUAUUCAGGUGGUGAGGAGGCUGGAAGUUCAAAACGGGACAAGAAAAAAGGUACAAGAAAACGUGCACGUGAAGAUGAAAAGCGAGUUAAAGGCAAAGGUUCCAUACGUAGUCUAUUUAGUAAUGCUGUGCCGAAAAAAGCAACUGCUGUCUCAAUCAAAGAUGAUGACAUUUUAGCGGAUAUUUUGGGUGAGUUGCAGGAUAACACAUCUAUAAAAGGCAACUCCAUAAAGGAAACUGGCGCACCGAAAGUAACAGCUCCAGCUAGAAUUAUAAGUAAUUCAUCGAAGAAAGCUAAUGACGCUGCUGCCAAUGAUUAUAUGAACAGUUUUAUAAAUUACAUUAAGGUCAAACAAACAGACCGAAUUAGUCCUAGUAAAGAUAAACUUGGGAAUGAUAAAACUAAACCCAGUGAACCAUUAAAACCUACGGAUGAUGUAGUUUCCAAACAAGGAGAGAAGAGCACAGAAGAUGCAAAAACAGUAGAAAUUGAAGAAAACUCAAAAUCUGUAAUUGGUAGUAAGCCAGAAAUUCAAGAUGACGAUUUUGACCUUAGUUGCCUCCAAGAUGAUACCAGUCUUUUCGAAUUGGAAAAAGUUGCACCGAGGGAAACUUUAGAGGCACCUCCAGAAAAAGCCUUAAAGCCUACACCAGCUAUUACACCAGCUGUAACUGAAGCCAAGGAUAUGCAAAAAUUGCUUAGUAACUGGGAAAAUAUAUGUCAAACUGAUGAUUUUGAAGAGGAACUAGCCAGUGCUGCCACUAAUGCCUUUGCUGACGAAGAGUCAGAAUUACGUUUCUGGUAUUGGGAAGCAUGGGAAGAUGCGAUUCGACGUCCAGGCGAGGUAUUCCUCUUUGGCCGAAAGCUGGACGGAAAGUCAAUCUGCGUGCGAAUUCAAAAAAUAGCUCGCGUUCUGUAUCUGCUACCACGGGAAUAUCUUCUUGAUCCAAUUUCUAAAGAGCCCACGAAACAAAAGGUUACUCUCGCUGAUUUAUACAAGGAAUUCGAUGAAACGAUUGCAACCGACUUAAAAUUGAGCGAGUUUCGUUCACGUAAAGUUACCAAAAACUUUGGCUAUCACUCCAUUGGUAUUGAUGUGCCACAACAAUGCGAUUAUAUGGAAGUUCAUUAUGACGGAAAAACCCCGAUACCAAAUUUGAAGCGUAAAUAUAGAUCCAUAGCCCAUAUAUUUGGAGCAAACACAACCUCUUUGGAACGAUUUUUAUUGGAUCGUAAAAUCAAAGGUCCCUGUUGGCUAAAAUUGAAGCAAUACACAUUAAAUCCAGCACCUAUGAGUUGGUGUAAAACUGACCUUAGUGUAAGUGAACCGAAAUAUGUGUUGCUGGCUGAAGACACGAAACCUGCGCCGCCACCACCUCUAACGUUGCUUACCCUAAAUGUGCGUACCGUUGUUAAUCCAAAAUCUUUAAAGAACGAAAUCUGCAUGAUUUCAAUGUUAGUCCAUAGUCGCUUUCAUAUUGACAAGAAAGCACCACAACCUGCCUUUAAUCGACAUAUGUGCGGUUUUACGCGUCCAGCUAUAUGCAAUUGGCCGUUCGAUUUGAAUGUGAAAUUGUCUAAAUUCACGGCCACCAAAGCAUUUAAACAUGACUCGGAAAGAGCUUUGCUAAGCUGGUUUUUGGCUCAAUAUCAACAAAUUGAUGCCGACUUAUUGGUCACUCAUGAUGCCAUGGACUGCCAAUUCGAUGUAAUUGCCGAUCGUAUAGUGACAUUAAAAAUACCGCAAUGGUCGCGUUUGGGACGCUUACGGAUGACUAUAGCUUUUGGCAAAAAAAUGUUGGAUUUCUAUGUAGGACGUAUGGUAUGUGACGUCAAGCGUUCCGCUGAAGAAUGUAUACGUUCUAGAUCGUACGAUUUACAAACGCUUUGCCAAAAUGUAUUGAAAAUAAAAGAAACAGAUCGUUUGGAUAUAACUCAAGAAGAUCUCCUGGAUAUGUACGAAACAGGUGAUGGUGUAUUAAAGUUGAUCACUUUAACAAUGCAAGACGCGUCCUUCAUAUUGAGAUUGAUGUAUGAUUUGAAUAUAAUGCCAUUGGCCUUGCAAAUCACCAAUAUUUGUGGUAAUAUUAUGACACGCACUUUGCAAAGUGGCCGUUCUGAACGCAAUGAAUACUUAUUGCUACAUGCUUUUACUGAGAAAAAUUACAUAGUACCCGACAAACGCAAACGUGAUUUUUCUUCUGCUGCCGAAAGUAAUACUACAAAGGAUGACGGCGCAGACCAUGAUGUCACGGCUGUUAAUGCCGCUGCAAGCGGAGGUCGUAGAAAAGCUGCUUAUAGUGGCGGUUUAGUUUUGGAUCCCAUUCGUGGACUAUACGAUAAAUAUAUUCUUCUUAUGGAUUUCAAUUCUCUAUAUCCGAGCAUUAUACAGGAAUACAAUAUUUGCUUUACAACGGUUCAGCAACCAUACAAUUUAGAUGACUUACCUGAAUUGCCAAGCCCUGAAAUGGACCCUGGGAUCCUGCCACUGCAAUUGAAGCGCUUAGUAGAAUCGCGGCGGGAAGUAAAAAAGCUAAUGGCUAAUGCUGAUCUAUCGGCCGACUUAAAACUGCAGUAUCACAUACGACAAAUGGCCUUAAAAUUGACUGCAAAUUCUAUGUACGGAUGUUUGGGUUUCGCUCACUCUCGUUUUUUUGCUCAGCACUUGGCCGCCUUGGUAACGCAUAAGGGACGUGAAAUUCUUAUGAAUACAAAAGCCCUAGUACAGAAAAUGAAUUAUGAAGUAGUAUAUGGUGACACCGAUUCAAUUAUGGUAAACACGAAUAUCACUGAUUAUGAUCAAGUCUUUAAAAUUGGGCACACAAUUAAACAAAACGUUAAUAAACUAUAUAAACAAUUGGAAUUGGAUGUUGAUGGGGUCUUUAGCUGCCUUUUGCUGUUAAAGAAAAAGAAAUACGCUGCUGUUAAAGUGAGCAAAACUAGCAAAGGCGAAUUAAUUAAAGAGCAAGAACACAAGGGACUUGAUAUAGUCCGUCGAGAUUGGUCUCAAAUCGCUAUAAUGGUUGGCAAAGUAGUUUUAGAUGAAGUUUUGUCCGAUAAAUCAUUGGAUGAUAAACUUGAAGUCAUACAUUUUCAUCUCGAGAAAGUUCGCGAUCAAAUUGUGAACGGAGAAGUUCCGCUACCCAUGUUUUUAAUAACAAAACAAUUAUCAAAGGCUCCUGGUGAUUUCAAUAGCGCGUCCGCUCAACCUCACGUGCAGGUAGCCUUACGAAUGAAUUCAACACGUAACCGUCGCUAUAAAAAAGGUGAUAUGGUGGAUUAUGUAAUUUGUAAUGAUGGUACUACUAAUCCUGCUACUCAAAGAGCUUAUCAUUUAGACGAAGUAAAGAGUAGUGAAACAUUAAAAUUAGAUGAUAACUACUAUUUGGCUCAUCAAAUACAUCCGGUAGUAACACGUAUGAUAGAUGUCUUAGAAGGUACGGAUGCAGGUCGCAUCGCCGAAUGCUUGGGUCUUGAUGCCACUAAAUUUAAGAGUCAUGUACAAAAAUUGCAACAAGAAAAGGCUGAAGAAGCUCAGGCCGAAAUUACGAAAAAUAAUUUACAGCACUUUCGAGCAUGUGAAAAAUUCACUUUCAUUUGUAAUAAUUGUAAUACUGAAAAUCUUAUGGCCUCCGCUUUUAAACCGGCUGGCGGUAGCUAUGAACCGGUCUUGCAAAAAUGUUGCAAUCCUGAGUGCAAUAAUGCUCCCUAUCAUCAAGUGAUAGCUAUACGUAAUCAAUUGACUUUGACUAUGCGAAAAUAUAUAACACGUUUCUAUCAAAACUGGCUGGUAUGUGAUGAUCCAGCCUGCAAUCAAAAUACGCGUAGCUAUACGCACGUCACCAGCGGCAAUCGAUCAAUUUGUAUGCGUUGCAAAAAUGGUUAUUUAGUACGUCAGUAUGGCGAAGACGAUUUGUAUCUUCAACUUAAAUACCUGCAGUAUACUUUCGAUUUAGCUAAAAAACCAACUAAAAUUAAUACACUUGAACCAGAAUUGAUUGCCGCUUAUCAACUGCUGCUUGAUACCGUGAAUUGGCAAUUAGAAAAGACAGCAUAUGGCGAGAUUAACUUAGGCAGAUUAUUGCUACCAACUCUGCCAUACAUGAAAGUUGGUAAGAAUUUUCACAAAAAAGUUGAUGUUCACGUACCGGUAGCAGUGCAGUUAGAUGAUAAUUAACUUUUGGAUUUUUUUGCUCCAUUUUACUUCAUUUUACUAAUUAUGCUUCAUUUUACUGAGAAAAAUACAUAUGUAAGUACGAAACGUUACUCCUUUGUCAGGUCAGUUUGUUGCGUUUAUGUAAAUAAAUCGUCAAUUUUUAAUGUAGAGUUUUUGCUUAGAUUAUAAAAACAAAGUAGCUCCGCUAACUUGCCGUAAACUGAGACAUGGAACGAAAGACUUAAGUAACAAACUAUCCUAAAAUAACGACGUCAAAGAGGAUUACAAGCGUUAAAGAUUCUUUUGAACUUUUCAUUCUGUGAAAUUAUUUUUCAACAUAAUUACAGUG